UGAGGCAGGUUGGCUUGAUCGCCGUCUGAACCCGGUUUGUUUUUGUUCUCCAAGAAAGUGCGAGUCAUUGAGCAGUGGGUAGGCUCAUCAAGUGGAGGAGUACCGUCGUUUUCUUUGUUUCUAUUCCCAGCGGAUCGGUUUUUGGUUAAGGACUGCAAAAUGGGCCCAGGCUAGGAACCUUCUGGAAAUAAGGAAUUUAGUUUUAAGGAGAGCGCUAAUGCGGCUCCGGGGCUGUCGGCGGCCCGUUGCCCUGUCUGAAGCCUGGGGCUGAAUUAAGCCGCAGUCACCGCUAACGGAGAGAAAGCACACGCGCCGAUACAAAGCAGCGACAAACAACUCUCCCUCUGAUUCUCUUUUGGGAGUACUCUCACUUGAAACGCCGCCAAGAUAGCUGGACCGGGCAGGAAACGUCACAGCUCAGAUCCAGACCCCUGUGGAAGCAGCUCCGGGAGUGGGAGCGAGGUGGGUGACGGCCGACCCGUCAGUGGAAAGUGGUUGAAGAUGGCCAGCAGCAGUACAGGACCCACUGAAUCCGGCCGCAGACGAGGUCAGAGAGGACCCGACGACACAGCCAGCACCAGCAGAAAGAAGCAGAAGGACAGAGUGAAUCAGGAGAGCAGGGAGGCCAAGAGGACCACCUCAACCACCACAGAGGCCAAAAAAGAUUUGUUGCUGGACUGGAAGCAGAGCGCAUACGAUGUGAUCGUCAGACUUAACUGUGGCGAUGCUGGGGUGCUAAAAGUCGAGGAUAUCGACUCUGCCUUCACCGAUACCACUUGCCACAUCCGCCUGCCAGAUGGUCGUGAAUGGAGCUGUCGUCUUCAUGAGGAGAUUGAGGCCUCCUGCACUAAAUUGCUCUUUAAAGAAAAAGCAAACGUUCUGCAGCUUGUCAUGCACAAGAAGAUCCCCCUCAACAUCUGGCCCACCCUCGCUAGCAAAAAAGAUACCACGCCAGUGGACACCCUUCGAGAAAACGGCAGCACCCACCAGCAGUCAACCACAGGGGUUUCACAAAAAUCUGUUGAAACAGAGAAAGCACCUGUCUUGACCUCUGUUGAGCAGAAACGGGUAAAACAAGACCGAGGGUUGAAACGGGGGAUGAAGGGCAAACAGCUGGAGAGCCCAGGUGCAAAAGCAGCUGAGCUUAAAUCAAACAAUAAAACAGACCCAAACAAUGAGCCCAGUGCAAAGCGCACAACACGACUCUCCAAAAACACAAAGGAGCCCCCUGUCGUGUCCUGUGUAGAAAAGGAGCCUCAAUCCAAACCAGCAGUCAAUGGCAAGCCACAGGAACCAGCCAAUAACAGUGCUGCCGCUUCAUCUAGUAAUGCUAAAGACAGUAGGGCUCAACCGCAGGGCAAAGGUCAAGGGUGCCAAGCGUUGCAAAAGGAGAAAGUGAUGGACAGGAGGUCAAAAAGCAAUGUUCAGGUUGAGGCAGAUGCGAGUAAAACUGCUUCCUCAGCAUGUGAGCCAAAGGUGUCACAACAGGAGAGUUCCUCCCCUCUUGUAAGUAUGCAAGCUUCUUGUGGCACAAAUGCUGAAAAAACAACAUCACUACAAGCAGAAAACAAAGAGGAGCAAAAAAAGCCACAAGUAGAUGCCCGGGAUCCUGAAAAGCUUCCGUCUUCUAAUUUGGGAUCUAGAGAGCCUUUCUCAGCAACUGCCACCAAAAGAGAGGCAUCGCCUCAGAAAACUUGCACAGAGGAGAAGAGAGACAAGUCUAAAGAAGAGCCACAUGGAGGAAACCAAGAGGAGUGCAUAGAAGGUCCAGAGCCAAUGGUGAACUUGACGUUUGUGAAGAAUGACUCGUAUGAAAAAGGGACAGAUCUGAUGGUUGUAAAUGUCUACAUGAAAGAAAUUUGCAGAGAGACGUCCAGGGUGCUGUUCAGGGAACAAGAUUUCACUCUUAUCUUCCAGACCAGUGAUCCCAAUUUUUUGCGCCUUCAUCCGGAUUGUGGACCAAACACUGUCUUCAAAUGGCAGGUUAAACUCAGGAAUCUAAUCCAUCCGGAUCAGUCCAGCUACGCCUUCACCCCGUCCCGUAUCGACAUCACUCUGAAGAAGAGACACAGUCAGCGCUGGGGGGGUCUGGAGGCUCCUGCCACACAAGGUGCAGUGGGGGGCGCCAAAGUUGCUGUGCCCUCCAGCCCUUCCUCACUUGAAAAGAGUCAGCCAGGAAGCAGCCAGCAUGCACUUCCUGCUAAAGAAGAUCCUCGAGUAGGAGAAGAAAAAGCCAAACCUCCUCGAGGCCCAGAGGAGAAAGGUCUGGAUACUGUGGCUCCCCGCUCAGUCUCUGAACACAUGCCCCUAAAACAGGAACCAACUGUUACCACGCCCAAGCCCACCUGCAUGGUGCAGCCCAUGACUCACACUCCUGCAGGCAGCGAGAGAGCUGAAGAGGUGGAGGAGAAGAAGGUGUGUCUCCCCGGCUUUACAGGAUUGGUUAAUCUGGGAAACACUUGCUUUAUGAACAGUGUGAUUCAGUCCCUAUCAAACACACGAGAGCUCAGGGAUUAUUUCCAUGAUCGGGGGUUUGAAUCUGAGAUUAACUGUAGUAACCCAUUGGGCACGGGUGGUCGACUAGCCAUUGGCUUUGCUGUUCUGCUUCGAGCUCUGUGGAAGGGCACUUACCAUGCCUUUCAGCCUUCCAAAUUAAAGGCUAUAGUUGCCAGUAAGGCCAGUCAGUUUACAGGUUACGCACAGCAUGAUGCUCAGGAGUUCAUGGCUUUCUUGCUGGAUGGGCUGCAUGAGGACUUGAACCGCAUCCAGAACAAACCUUACACAGAGACCGUCGACUCAGACGGCCGGCAGGAUGAGGUUGUUGCAGAAGAGGCGUGGCAGAGGCAUAAAAUGAGGAACGAUUCCUUUAUUGUUGACCUCUUUCAGGGCCAGUACAAGUCAAAGCUAGUGUGCCCAGUUUGCUCUAAGGUUUCUAUAACAUUUGAUCCCUUCCUGUACCUGCCUGUUCCCCUACCUCAAAAACAGAAGGUGCUGACUGUUUUCUAUUUUUCUAAAGAGCCUCACAAGAAACCAAUCAAGUUUUUGGUCAGCGUGAGUAAGGAGAACUCAAGCACAAGUGAAGUACUGGAGUCAAUAUCUCGCAGUGUGAGGAUCAAACCAGAGAACCUGAGACUGACAGAGGUGGUGAAAAACAGAUUCCACAGGAUCUUCUUACCAUCUCACUCCUUAGAUACGGUCUCAUCUAGUGACCUGCUCUUCUGCUUUGAGGUGCUAUCAAAAGAUCUCACCAAAGAAAGAGUGGUGCUUCUAAAGGUCCAACAGAGACCGCAGGUUCCUAGCAUCACAAUCACAAAGUGUGCUGGCUGCUCAAAGCCUCCUGCAUCUGACGAUGAGAAGCUCAGGCGCUGUACACGCUGCUACCGUGUGGGCUAUUGCAAUCAGGCAUGCCAGAGGAACCACUGGCAAAAUCACAAGACUAUGUGUCGGCCCAACAUGGAGAAUAUUGGACUGCCGUUUAUAAUCAGUGUGCCUGAGUCCAGGCUAACUUACAGUCGCCUCACACAGCUUCUGGAAGGCUACUCUAGGUACUCUGUCAAUGUGUUCCAGCCACCUUUCCAAUCUGGUCGAACGUCCCCAGAUGCUAUUCUGUCCCGUGCUGAUCUUACAUCCAUGGCCAGCAGCGUUUCAGAAUGUCAGGAGCUAGAUGAGGAGACAUCGUCCACUAGAGAUACUGAGAACGAAGUGGCGCAGAGUGCAGCCUCGGAAACAGAGACUGUGUCCAGGCUUCCCACAGCAGACAGGGACACCGUCUCCACAUACACCAGUGACUCAGGUUGCUGUGAGCUCGCCACCAGCUCCCAAGAUUCUGUGGGAGAAAAAGAAACGUCAUGCGAAAAGGCUGUUAAACCGGAAGCUGUAGUAACCGGCUAUCAGCAGCCAUCUGAGUCUGGAAGUGGGAGUGCCUCUCAGUUCUACAUCUCAGUUUUGGAUUCGAACCAAAAGGAGGACAUCAAAGUUGAAGACAAAGGCGAUGCAGUUCUGGAGUUGCUGGAUGACUGCACGCUGGAGCUGGUGUGGAAGAACAAUGAGCGCUUAAAGGAAUAUGUGCUGGUGCGAUCUAAAGAGCUGGAGUUUGAUGAGGACCCAGGCUCUGCUACGGAGACCGCCAGGGCGGGACACUUCACCUUAGAGCAGUGCCUGAACCUCUUCACCAAACCUGAGGUGCUAGCCCCUGAGGAGGCCUGGUACUGUCCUAAGUGUCAACAACACAGAGAGGCAUCUAAACAGCUGCUUUUGUGGCGUCUUCCCAACGUACUCAUCAUCCAGCUCAAGCGCUUCUCAUUCAGGAGCUUCAUCUGGAGGGACAAGAUUAAUGAUAUGGUCGAUUUUCCUGUCAGAAACCUGGACCUGAGUAAGUUCUGUAUCGGUCAUAAGGGUGACAUCCAGCAGCCUCCCAUCUAUGACCUCUACGCUGUCAUCAACCACUAUGGCGGAAUGAUCGGAGGACACUACACGGCCUACGCUCGUCUCCCGAGCGACAAGAACAGCCAGCGCAGCGACGUCGGUUGGCGUUUGUUUGAUGACAGCACAGUGACAACGGUGGAAGAGAGUCAGGUGGUGACGCGAUACGCCUACGUGCUCUUCUACAGGCGCAGGAACUCUCCUGUAGAGAGACCUUCUCGCUUGCUCGGGCCACUUGGUGCUGAAUCCUCUGCUGCGACGGGUGGUGCUGCCAGUCAGGCUUCUAGCCAGACUCUGUUUGGGACUGACCUGGACCCAGACGGAUCUCCUUCAUUGAGCUCGGACGUGACUUCUGACUUGUUUGCACAUUCUGGAGAAUGCUCUGCCCCGUCCUACAGCAGCAUGGAGGAGGUGGAUUAAAACUUGACCUUAAAGCCUAGGACCGUGAUCACCGAUGGCCAUCAUUUAGGGAGCUUUGCUUCCUCGCAAAAAAUCAAAGACAUGUUCACGAAUCUAGCAUGUUGCACUUUUUUAAUUUGCAAUGUGGACAAAUAAAUCUGUGCAUACAUUUCCAAUACUAAGACUGCACAUUAAUUGGGCUGUAUGCACAGACGAUGUACAAAAAAGGUCAAGGAUACGGUAAGAUUAAUAUUCCUCAAACACAAAAAUCAAACAAAGAGUGAUCUUCAAGAGCUUUUCAUCAUGCACAGAUCUGUAGGGUUUUUUAAGAUACAUGUAAAUGUUUUAACACCUAAGAAUUACAUCAUUCACAAUUUCACAUGGUAGGUUUCUAAUAUGUAUGCUUGUAUGUACAUGAGGCGUAACUUUGGAAAAACCCAACAAUGAGCGCGAUCAACAUGAUUUGUGUGGAUGCACAAAAAAGCUUGUUUAAAUGUUUUUUCACUGAGGUGUCACCUGGCCUGAUGUUUUCCUCUGUUAGUGUCUUGAAGUGUUUUGCAGUUGUAAACGUUAUUAUAUUAGUGGAUUAAGCAGAUUGUUUAGGGUUUUUUGACACUCUCAGGCCUUUAGUCAACUUGAUGUCCUGUUAUUUUUUUUAUUUAGACAAUCCGGUGAUUGAUUUUUGUUUUUUUAACUCCAUGGUAGACCUGUGGAAAUGCAUAUGUGAAGUGCAACAAAAGGCUUGAUCGAUUGAGGUGCAUGCUGGCCUACAGUAGUCCUAGUACUGUGUAUUAUAUACCAUCUCUACUUUUGUUUUUCUAGGUUUUGAGUGGAUCGUCUUGUUUCCCCAUUCCUACUGUUUUUGUAUUGGACUGCAUAGUAAACGGGAACUGGGGUUGAUCGUAAGAAUGCUGCUGUGAAUAAAACAAAUGGUUAAUAUAAAUAAAAGCUUUUUUGCGUAACAACAUUAAA